GACGGCCCCGACGGCUCGGCAGUGCCCAUCUACGUGCCGUUCCUCAUUGUGGGCUCCGUGUUUGUCGCCUUUAUCAUCUUGGGGUCCCUGGUGGCAGCCUGUUGCUGCAGAUGUCUCCGGCCUAAGCAGGAUCCCCAGCAGAGCCGAGCCCCGGGGGGUAACCGCUUGAUGGAGACCAUCCCCAUGAUCCCCAGCGCCAGCACCUCCCGGGGAUCGUCCUCACGCCAGUCCAGCACAGCCGCCAGUUCCAGCUCCAGCGCCAACUCAGGGGCCCGGGCGCCCCCUACAAGGUCACAGACCAACUGUUGCUUGCCAGAGGGGACCAUGAACAACGUGUAUGUCAACAUGCCCACGAAUUUCUCUGUGCUGAACUGUCAGCAGGCCACCCAGAUUGUGCCACAUCAAGGGCAGUAUCUGCAUCCCCCAUACGUGGGGUACACAGUGCAGCAUGACUCUGUGCCUGUGACAGCUGUGCCCCCUUUCAUGGACGGGCUGCAGCCUGGCUACAGGCAGAUUCAGUCCCCCUUCCCCCACACCAACAGUGAACAGAAGAUGUACCCAGCGGUGACUGUAUAACCGAGAGUCACUGGCAGGUUCCUUUACUGGAUGGAGAGGAAGGCAGGGGUGGAUUCUCGAGGCAGAAGUCUGCACGUGUCGGUCAUGUUUAUGGCACGAUUCCUUUGGAUGGCUUCAUUUGCCCCCAAACUGUAGGAAGAUAUCUCCGAAUUAGCAUUUCUGGAUAUGUUUCAUCCGGGGUGUCAUUGAUUUAUCAUGGAAAACCGGCCUCAGCUGGCCAGUGAUGUUGCUGAUGAGUGUGUAACAAAUGCUUGAGUCCUAAGUGCCCUUGAGGUAUGGUUGGCGAAGGAAUUUUAUAAACUGAUAAAUUAAGGGUUUUUGUUAUGUUAUUAUUAUUAUUUCUUUUUUGUUGUUGACUGCACAAGAUCAAAAUACCUGUUAUUUCCCUUUUACCUGGGCCUUUUUUUUGUUGUUUUUUAAAGACAGGGCCUUGCUCUGUUGCCCAGUCUGGAGUACAGUGGUGCGAUCUUGGCUCACUGCAACCUCAGCCUCCCAGAUUUAAGCGAUUCUCCUGUCUCAGGCUCCCAAGUAGCUGGGAUUACAGGUGCCUGCCACCACACCUGACUAAUUUUUGUAUUUUUUGUAGAGAUGGAAUUUCACCAUGUUGGCCAGGCUGGUCUCAUACUCCUGACCUCAAGCAAUCUGCCUGUCUUGGCCUCCCAAAGUGCUGGGAUUACAGGCGUGAGCCACCGCACCUGGCCUGAGCUUUUUUUUUUUUUUUUUUUUUUUAAAUGCAUACAAGAUUAAGGGGAAGACACAAAUUACAGGACUAUUCUAAAAGAAAACCUGUUUAAACCUUGUGAAAUCAGUCCAGUCUCGGUAUUCCACAGGUACACCUUAAUUUCAUUGUAAAAAGAUAUAUAUAUUUUGUCUAUUUUUGUGCUUUUUCGGGCCUAUUUUGUCCUUUUUUACCUUGUGUAGAGAUCUUACUACAAAGUGAUUUUCUACAUUAAAAAAAGACUGAAAUGAAUUGUAUAGUUACUUAACUAAUGAAGACAUUUCAGAACUCUGGGAUUAUUUUAAUCUUGAAGUAGUAGGUGGUGUAGUAAUAAAACUAUUCAUCCCUUCUUGAUUGUAUCUUAAUUUUCUGGCUUUAAGGUGACAUCUGAGAGGUAAUGCGUUCUUUUUUAUGUUGAAAUCAUAAAUUAUCACCCACUGCUUCUCUGAGUUGCUUUUAAUUUUGCCUUGUGGUUAUGGCUUGGCAUUUCCUUCUGUUUGGUUUUCAGAUCCCCAUGUCUAUAUAGUCCUGAGUGCGAGUAAUUACUAUAGUUGUAAAUGAAGGUCAGUAUUUCUGCCUAGAUCUGAUAAAACAUUUUCUUGUUUUAGUUAUAAAAAUUCAAAGAAAUGUGUUACAAAGUUACUUAGUAUAGCUUCUCAGCCGUAACCUGAGACAUGGGAUGAAAUUUAACCCACAGAUAUGAUUUACUUUGUAGAUCAUAAGGUUUUUUAUACUCUUGUUAUCAAAAUGGCUUAUUUUUCAGGCAGUAGAGAUUAUUAAGUCAGGAGAAAAGCUUUUCAAAGUAGUAUUGCCUUUCUUCUCCCACACAGUUCUUGUUUUCCUCUCUCUUUCGGGCCUCAACAGGUGCUGUAUUCAUUGCCAGUGUUACAAAUUAUCAAAUUCAAGCGAAUUUAUUUGUGUAUUGUUUACUUAUAAAAAAGGUAACUUUAAGGAUGUGCAAGUAAAUUUCCAACUGCUAGCAAAGCCAAGGUUUGUAAUUAAACAAAUUAUUGUGUGGUAUGGUCUUCUACGCAUUUAUAUCUAUAAAUAUCUAUCAUCUAGUCUGUCUCUUUCAUGACUGAAUAAUGUAAAACCAUUGUUUGCAAUUGGUAUCAUCAAAGAUACUCAUUUUUUAAAUAACCAAAGGCAGGGGAAAAUCAUUUUACUUAUUAAUAAAUAUUUUAUGAUGUGAA